GAUCGGCGGGUUAGAGCAACUGAAGGUCAUCCUAUUAGUUUGUCGGGUCAGAUCUGAGAUUCAGGCCUUAUUGCGAUGCGAAGACAUGGAGAUCAAGACUUCUCUCCCCCGUCGAAGCGACACAAAGAUCGAUCAGGAUAUUCAGAGAGACAUCGAUCGGUAUCUCGAAACUCUCCUAGUUCGAGGUCUAAGUAUUCUGUCUCAAAUAGACAUUCUUCAAGACCGAAGAAUUCAGAAGGAAGGACUCAUGGGUUAGAUCAUUCUAGAACUAUAUGUGUAAGAAACAUUUCAUCUAAGUUGAGUGCUGAUGUUGUUGAACAAUGUGUGUACCGGGAACUAGGAAAGUAUGGAGACCUUUCUAUCAAUGUUGGGCAUUUAGGUGGCGAACGCGUCGCUCUGGUUACCUAUCAGUAAGUUUUACAGGUGCACAUUAAUUAAUUCACAAACAGUGUUUUUCUAAACAUUAUUCUGAAUCUACAUUGUUUUUGACGGAAUUUUUUUCGUUCCUGUACUACUUCAGUAAAACUGGUCCAAGGAGCCUUUUAUAACGUAGGUGUAUUGCUAAACUUUGUUCAGUCUUUGAUUAGCAAAAUUAAUUUAGUUUUAGGAUUAAACCACGAUGAGUUUGGUAAUAAACUUUGAGCUGAUUAAAUUACCCAAAUCAAUUCAUUUGAAACUCAUUUAUCAGGAACAAUUUUAUUUAUUUGGCUUUAAGUCAUACUUCGCUAAAGCGAUAAUUAUACUACCUAGUUGUACAAAUCGAAUUAACUAAACUGAAGCUUGAACAAGAUUUUUAGUGGUUGAGAGUCAAACACCCUAAGCGUCAAGCUACCACUUUACAGAUUCUUUUUAAGAUACUUCGAUAGCUAAUCAAAGGAUGGUACUUCUCCUGAAAUAACAAACACACAUCCAACUUCUUAUUUCAUGUAUGCCUUAUGCGUGUUAAUAAAUUUACUGUGUCAUUCAUUAGUGCGUAAUCAGGAUAGAGAUAGUUUGUCAUGAAAUGAGCUACUGUACAGUGAUUAUUCGACUCGUCAUUCUGAUUGAAUUAGCCAAAUGAAUUUUUAGACGUGCUGUAAAUCAAGUAGUAAGUAGCGAGGUGGAUAUUCCUUUGAUAAUACAACUAGAUAAAGUAAUUACAAAUCAGCGACUUUCCAGAUCUAUCCCGAUAUUUCAUUACUAGUUUGUUUUCUUUUACUUUUGUGACAAACAAGAUAGACUUAUUCAUAAGAGGAGAACUUCAAAAACACAUCAUUGCACCCAUAACUAAUAGAGCGAAUGAGAAAAUAAAAUACAUACCUACACAAAAAAUAUAGGCUAAAAGCGAAAAAUAUCUAAACUUGAAAUGUUUAGUAUGUCGAAGACAAAGAGUUAAGGUAUCCAGACCAUUAUAAACGGUUUGCGGUUUGUCACCUAGGCUCUAAAACCACUAGUUCCUGUCACUCCUUUUACAUUUGAGAGCGAGUCAGUGAUUCCACAGGUCGCCGCCCUGUCUUGUUCUGCCUACUUUUAAUCCUUUUCCAAUUUGAUUCUACUUCAACUAACAUCGCUUGUAGUAGACUGAGCCGGUGUAUGUAAAAUGCUUUAUUAGUCAGUCACUAGGUUGUUCAUUUGGACCACGCUUUAGCUACUUUAAUCUGGACAGCCAGGUAUUAUCGGUAUUCGCCACAGUAAAAGUGUGAUUUGAAAAUAAGUAUAUAAACCUGUACUUGAUUAACAAUGUAACCUACUGGAUACCAAUACAAGUCAGAUUUCAAGAGUUGAAUAACUAGUGUAAGUACUUUUAGAAUUAUAGGAUAAUUCCACUGGUCGUACUACAGUUACGAUUGCAAACAAUCAUGGUACGAAGCUUCGGAACAACCGUUCGCUAAAUAAGCCAUAAUUAUAAAAGAUACUGUAUGUAAUGCCUAAAGGCUUAAAAUUCAGUAAGGUGUGUGCUAACUAAUCAUACAUGUUGUCCUUACGGGUCACAAAUGGACUGGUGUAAAUGAGGAUUUCAAGAAUUUAAUACGUGAUUCUCGACGCAAGACUCGAUGUAUACAUUGAACUUAUGCAUAACAUAAAUUACGCUUCAAAUAACGUCCCAGAAUAGAUAUAAUUACUUGUUAUUAGUUUAUCGUUAUGAAAACUGUUAUCACUUCUUUCCUGUGUCAUGUAUUAUUAACUUUUUAUCUUCAGAUAUUCUGAAGACGCACAAGAAGCUCUUUGUGAUAGCCCAAUAAUUUACAUACUUGAUCGUCCUGCAAAUGUUACCUCAUUAAUUGAUAUUUCUAGUGAAGGUGAUACGCGUAAAGUAAUUGCCAGCAAAAAACGUCAAGAAGGAAUGGAAGCCGAAGAUAUUAAUGACCGACGACAUCUUAUGCACAAUAUUCCCGGCAAAGUAGAGUCCGCUUUUCCUGAUUUUUUACCUAAACCAACUCCACUAGGUCCAUCAGGUACUACAAGCCUACUUGGUAUGCCUGGAAUGGCAUCUUCCGCCAUGAUGGCUGCUGCUGCAAAGGCUCUUGGUCUGAAUGCUGUCCCUGGGGUGUUGCCACCUGCACAGUUAAAUGCAAUCACUUCCCACAAUCGCUUUGGCUCUGCAAACCUUCGACAUUAUGAACAUAACAGAAGUGGAUUCUCUCCUGGAGCAUCUGAUUCAGAAAAGGAGUCAAAAGCUACAAGGACUUUGUUUGUUGGAAGUUUAGAACCAGAUAUAACGGAAAAAGAGGUACUCUCAGCUUUUGAGAGGUAUGGUUAUGUUGAACAAAUUGAUAUUAAGCGUUCUCCGAAACCUGGUGCCCAUUCUUAUGCAUUUGUACGCUUUCAGAAUGUUGAUAUGGCCAGUCGUGCAAAAAUGUCCAUGUCUGGUCGUUUUAUUAGAUCCUUACAUUGCAAGAUAGGCUAUGGUAAAGCAAUUCCAUCGCACUGUCUGUAUAUUGGUGGAUUAGAAUCUUGGCCUUCCGCUGAUUCACUGCAGCGUAUGCUCUCUCGUUUUGGACAACUAACUUAUCUUGACUGGUCUCCUAGACGUAAAUAUGCAAUCGCCAUUUAUGACAGCUGUGAAUCAGCACUCGAAGCUAAUAGACAAUUAAAAAGUCUCUCAGCAACCAGUCGUCCAAAUUUAAGACUUCGUGUAGAUUUUAUAAACCCGGAAUUAAUCCAGCCGAAGCCACAGAUUUUAAACAAGAUGGACUCUAACAUGGAAAGUGACAGUCAGGACAAUCAAGUGUCAGAAUCACGAAAUUCUAUAAUUAGGUCUGAUACUGGAAUUCCUGUAACUGCAAAUAACUAUCGUAUUCGAACAAAUGAACAUUUUGAUGGAGGGCCGUACACGAUGAACCAAUAUUGCAUAGAGGAUCACGCCGGUGAUAAAAAUCUCGCUAAUGUACGACACUUACCUUAUUCAAAACCAUCUUUUCAUAUAUCUAAUCGGUAUCAUACAUAUAAUCGGAACACACCUCGCUACUCGGACAACCACGGUAUACUCAGUCCAGUGGAAGAUAUUCCAUGUAACCUGAAGUCAAUCGUCACUCUCCAAGAACUAGACCAGCAUCUUCAACCGGAUUUAUGGAGAGGAAAGUUCUUAUUAAAAAAUAACCAUUUUUAUUUUCGUUGUUUGAUGUUAAUAGGUAAUAAAGAUAUCAGUCAAGACUUACUGGAUUAUAAAGACAAUAACAGUAAUUCUGAACGACUAUGUAAUCCGACUUUACGUAUUUCACGCCGAGGCACUCUUGAUGCUUCAUGGAUGGCUGAAGCCACGCAUCGUAUUCAUAAUGUACUAUCUACAGCUCGUCAUAAUUUAUGCCUCAUGCUAAUAUUGCCGGAUAUGGAACAAACUAAUAAGUAUCUGGACAAGGAAUCUAAACUGAAUAAUCAAUCGAAUACUGAAAGUACGGAUGUAAAAACAACAAUAAGUCAUUGUUUUUCACUACACGCUUUAAUUGCUUAUUUAAAAUUAAAACAAUCAGCUGGUAUAAUCUGUCCAAAUGAAGAAAAAGUACUACAAGAAUCAUUGAAUACUAGUUCUGAGAAAACAACUAUAACACGACGUUCAUCUUUGAUAGUAUAUUUAUUUGCACCAAGUAGUUUUGCAUUAAGUUUAUUAAAACAAACAGCACCUUGCUUAAGUUCAGACUUGGCAACAACAAGUGAUUAUAUGGUUCUUUUAGCAUUAAAGCGGUAACAUAAAAAAUCCCUUGAUCUAGGCACAAAAAAAAACACAACACACUUUGAUUUCUUAUUUUUGUUUAUUUUGUACAAAUUUAUAUAUAUAUGUAAGCAUUUUUCUUUAAUUCACUUGUUUAUUUAUAUUGUUAUUCAGUUUGAAAUUAAAACAAAUUGUUUCUGUGAAUCAUAAUCCGUAUUAUAUUGUAUAUGUAACAAUUUGGUAUGUUAUUUUGCCUUUUUUUUUGUGUGGUUAAAACCAAAUUGAAAAUAACGCUUAGAUAUUGAUGUUCAAAAUUCUUUAGAACAACUUUAAUAAAAAGAAUUAAAGUUUUGACAAACGUACACAACUUUAAUAUUUAAAUAACUGAUAUUUAAACAAUAUUUGCAAGUUUAUUUCAUUUAUGUUAUAAAAUAUGUAAAAUAAAAUGGUGUACAAAUAAAAGUUGUUCUAUUAUCACCAUAAUCACAAUUUAUAUUAAUUAAUAAAUUAGUGAAAUCAAUUAAUAAGAAAAUACUUAAUAAAUAAAUUUUAUAAUUAGUAUAUAUAUUAUCGCCAAAUUUUUAUUACACCAUCCAUUGAAGCAGAGACUAGAAAUGCUUGACCUGCUUGAAGAACAGUUAAAUCAGAUAUAAUAUUCUUAUGUCCUUUGGUUGAUUCACGUAAUUCUAAACGUCCUGACACAGGGAAUGCAUUAUUUGAUACUUCUGUUAUAUUACUUGAUGAUUGUAAUUUUUGUGAUAUUUCUGUGUACAUUGUUUUUGUUAACAAACUACUUGAUGUAUCACUAAUGGAAGAAGUAUCAGUUUGUUCAAUCAAAACAUAGACAUCAUUUACAUAUGUUGACCUAUUAACAAUAGAAGAAAAUGAUCAUUUUUUUGAAAAGCUUUUUUAAAAGAAAUAUAUAUAAUAUUAGUUCACUUCCUGUGUGAUAAUCAAA